CAUUACGAGUUGGUCAGCUCCAAUCAAAGCUUUUUUGGAGACUGAUUGUAAUCACCUGUGAGAGCAGGAGACAACAGCUGGGACUCUGAGCCGAUCAGUUCUAAUGAAAAUACGCUGUGGCUGCUUUGAUUUUGCCUUGAAUCAUGCUGAACAACAUGGGCCCGGUGGCUAAGCUGUAUAUGUCCAUCAUUGAUGACGUGAUCGAGAGCAUGAGGGAGCUUUUCCUGGAUGAGGGCCUUGAAGACCGAGUGCUGGACGAUUUACGCCACCUUUGGGAGUCAAAGAUGAUGCAGUCGAAAGCGAUGGACGACUUCAGGAGAAACAACAUCAACUCUCCCAAUUUUGUGAUGCAGCUUCCGGCCAACUACCAACGAUCUGACGCAGAACUCGGAGCUUCAGUAGUAAUUCCUGCAAGUCAAAACGUCCAGAGUUUCCCUGUCAAGAACAACUCUGAGACGGUUGCUACCUUCUCGCUUCCUGCUGGCCUUUCCUACCCUGUGCAGAUACCUGCUGGUGUCACUCUGCAAACAGCCUCUGGUCAACUGUACAAGGUAAAUGUUCCUGUUGUAGUCACUCAGGCUCCAGCAGGCCAGCAGACAGCCAAACCUCCACAGAACGCCUCUGAGAGGCGAGAAGCUUCUGCUCCCCCUCAGUCUGCUGUCCAACCCAGUAAAACCUGUCCUCGGGACACGGCACCGGAGCCAACUUCCUCCGUCAACCCGCCGCGAUCGCCACAUGCCACUUUACCCCCCGGUCAACAGAACAGCACCCCCCAGCAGGAAGCUGUCACUGAGCCACCUCUGAUUCAGACAGCCUCAUCUCCAGAACCAGAGUCCACAUUGGACGAGGACCAAAGCGUGUCUAAUCCAGAACCUGUGGAUCUUAGCUUCAAAGGCUCACCCGUCGAUCAGUUGUUUGACUUCCAGAUCAGUGGCGAGGAAGCUUUGACAGCGGCGGCCCAAUUUAAGAGCAGAGACAUUGAUGACAUCCUCAAAGAAGUCAUCGAGGAGGAGCAAGCAAAAGCUGCAAGGGCCAGGAACUUGGCUCAGACCAAGUCUUAUGACGAGCCUGACGCUAUUCUUGGGCUGGACCUGGACUACAACUACAGCCAACUGUCCGACAUCGUCCAGCUGGACGGUGCUGCCGACAACUCUGACCUGGAGGAGGACGACGACGUAGUGAAGCCGCUGGAGGAGAAUGACUUCCUGGGCAUGAUCAACGCGGAGGCCAUCAAGGCUCUGCAGGAAGGAGGCGGCAGCAGCGAUGGUAACAGCAGCUCCUCCAGCAGCGACAGCGACGCGGCUGACGAGCUAGAACAUGUAGAAGAUGAGGAUCCAUUGAAUUCAGGUGACGACGUGGUCGAACAAGACAUCCCGGACCUCUUUGACACAGAAAACGUGAUUGUUUGUCAGUAUGACAAAAUACACCGCAGUAAGAACCGUUGGAAGUUCCAUUUGAAAGAUGGCGUGGUGUGUUAUGGUGGCAGAGAUUAUGUCUUCUCUAAAGCUAUCGGAGAAGCCGAAUGGUAAUUAGCUUCAUCACAGCUAAAUGGACGUGGACAGGUAAAGAUUUGUUUCAUAUAGUCAUCAGCCAUUCUAUGGUAAAAUACUUUACAUUUGGCUGCACAAGCUACAGUGAAUAAUAUUUAAUUUACAUAUUUUGUAUAAAGAAAUACUAGAAAACAUGUUUUAGUUAUUAUACUUGUCAUGUUGACAAUGUG